GGAAAUUCUAGUUACUAGACCGACAUCUAAAAAGCAGCUGAGUUUAGAAGUUCUUUGAGCAGGAUGAAGUCUUUCGCCUUGCUGCUCGUGGCAUUGUCUGGUUUCAGUUUCGUCAUGGCCGUCCUGCGCAAGCCUCAGACUGAUCGAGACAAUGGAAUGGCUUUUACGGUGAGGGACAGGGAUAUUCCCGAGGAUACAGUAAUCGAGGCUUUUCGCAGGAAACUGUACGACAAAAUUGAAGCAGUGAAAUGGAAGUCACAUAUUAAAUUGUGGGCUGACCUUGGCAUUGACGCCCUUAGCCACCCCAUUUCAAAACUCAACGAGAUGGUGAACUCGGUGGGCCAUCAUCCAACCUACGAGGUGUGGCUGGCUCAGCUGCGUAAAAAGAUUUGGGAGAAGGGCCAACAUAUUGUGGUGGUGAUGUUCCAAAAGGUAAAUAAGCUUUUUACUGUCCUGCACGCCCACCUCAAGAAAAAGGUCGACAAAGUUAUGGUACGUAGCCCCUAUAUAAUUAUAGAUCACUGCGAUUCUUCUUUUAUUCAGAAAAAAAAAUCAAGCGAUUACGGAGGUAAGCAUGGCGAAUCUAGAUACAUCGACUACGAUGACUACAUUCGAGAAUGAAUGCUGUCUUCAAAACCCUCUGCAUAAUAUAAUAAUAAUUAUGCAGCCAUUAAGCCAAAUCAAAAAUAAAUUAUUUGUACUUAUUAAGUCACGCAUACUGCAUAAAAA